AUGAUAAUUGUUGAAACGAGCCCAAAACGCACGGACAAUAAAGGCAACGGUCAAAGGGCAGGACUCCACGAGGGCUCAAGUAAUACCCUAGGGCCAUCGCCACCCCCACCGUAUACUUCCCAGACACCUUAUCAACCCAUAACGGACGUGGUGGUAGUCGUAUAUCGUCAGUCACCCGCACAACGUUUCUGGAAAGCAUUCGGUGUUGCUUUACUUAUUUGGUUCCUCAUUGCUGCGUUCACCACAUCUUCCACCGAUAUGGCCUUCAAUCAUGGAUUUCGACCCUUCUGGAACGGUGAGCCACCUCAUCCCGGCUCACAAGAUGGCACCGUCCACCAAUGCAUCAGUGGCUCCGAUUGGACACUGUCCAACCAAAGCUUGAACCAAUUUCCCUAUAGUGCCGAAGCAUUCCUAGAGCUCCCCGUUGACUCUGAUGCACUCUACCUGUUCACGAGGGGCUCUCAGCAAUCCGGUCAUGUUGAUAUCGUGCAGUCCACCCAGCCGACAGAUAAAGUUGGUAUCCAAGUGCGAGUUGGCUAUUUUGCUCGCGAAGCGCUGGACCACGCCAAUGUCUGUCGUCUCGAACGAAAGACAAAUGAGAAUGGUGUCGGUAUCUUUACGUCCGCAUUCUCGCACUUCCCUGGCAAUAGACAACAACUAAGAUUCGAAGUGAAGAUCACGCUACCUGCAGGGAAAAAUGGAGAAGCUCUGCACAUCAAAGCAUUCGAGACGGAGACAUCCAAUUUCAGUCAAGAUGUCGCAGAUGUCUGGAACACUAUUUCCUUCGAUAGAAUGUCACUCAGAACAUCGAAUGCCCAUGUAAAUGCAAAGUCUGUCACCGCUGAGGAUGGUUCGAUCCGCUCUAGCAAUGGCGGCAUCAAAGGGCAUUUUAAUAGUGGCUCUUCUCUCAAGCUCGCAACUUCAAAUGGCCCCAUUCAAGCGUCUGUUUCGCUCCUCAACCAAGAGAAUGGAGCUGUCAGUGAGCUCAAGAUGACAACAAGUAACGGUAAAAUUGAUGCCAAUGUUGAUCUUGUCACACACUCUGGCCAGGGUGGUAUCUUUGACGUCGAAACGCGUACUUCAAAUGGGCCCGUCACCCUUGCAUACACCGACAUGCCUGUCAAUUCAAUUCUCAGGUCGGAAGCCCGCUCUUCUAACGCGGCAAUGAGCGUCAAGUUGUACAGCACUUUCGAAGGCUCGUUUGAUGUAGAGACUUCUAAUGCAGCAGCCGUACUCAAGGAGCUACCUGUUGAGGAUCCUUCUGGGCAGGGACGUCGCAGGGAGGUGACUCAGAGACGAGAGCGAUAUCGCCUCCGAGGGUCUGCCUACUGGGGCGAGAGCAAAGAGAUCGAAGGGCAUGCUACGGUCAAAACUUCGAAUGGUCGUGUAGACUUGGUGAUCUGA